AUGGACAAAGCCCCGACGUUGCCCACAAAAGCAUUGCCGUCGCCGCCGUCUGCGAGGCCCGUGAGCAGUUCGAGCAGGCCAGCCCCGACGUCGUCUACGAGCGAGCCACGGCCCUCGUCUUCUUCAUCUUCACUUGGACAACAAACGAGUAGUAAUGCUAACAGACUGUCGAUGCAGCCGCGGAGGACGAGCAACGUGCCCAAGCCAGCGCCCAUCCCAAUCCCAGAACCUGUCGUUGUACCUCCAAACAGCACUUCAUCUGGGACUGCAGAGAGCAGUGGAGAAGGUCCCUCGUCCACCAGCAGUACUGGGUCCGCCUUGGCAAACUUGAGCGCUGAGCUCGUCCAGGCAAUCACCGUCGGUGCCCAUGUAAACUCGCAUUCAGCCUCUCCUACAAGUCCAAAGGAGACGAAUAAUCUUCUCGGAGACGGCUCAUCCACCCCGCGCGAGUUUUCCAGUCCUAGAGCGCUUCCGUCGGGCAGCUUGGGCCAGCGUCCGCGAUCCGCGCUCGACUCGAGCACAGCCAGCGGACUCGGUGCGCAAUCCCAGUAUGAUGCAGUCCACAACAGGCCACACUCGUCAGCGGAUGCUUGGGCAACUCGGCCGCCCUCGCUCCAUUCGACCUCGGGCGAAGUACCACGUUCUCGUUCGUCCAACUUUAUCAACACUCCUUCCCCCCUCAACCCCAAUGCCCUCUCUAUUCCCCGUCGUCCCGGUUCGUCAUCUUCUCGACCUGCCUCAAUGGUCCUCUACCGUCUAGCCGGUGUCGGUGACGAUUUCAAUCCGCCAAUGUCCACCCUCGCACCUCCAGGGACGACAAACUCGCGAAGAGCGUCCCGCUUCUCGACACUCUCCUCUUCCAAUUCCAUGUAUUCCGUCUUUGGAGACUCCAAGUAUCCUAUGCCAGCUGGAGAAGAUGGGACGCUUACGCCUCCGCCCUCGGGCGCCUUUCUCGCAUACGAAUACGACCCGAGCUGGGACUUGGAUGCACCAGACGAUGCCGAAGAUGAAUUGCACAAGCCAGACGAACCUGGGACAAAAGAACCAAUUGGUGCCUUUAAUUUGCGUGGUUUUUGCAACAUUUUCGUCAUGAUCGCCAUCCUCAUCUUCCUCAUUGGUCUCUUUGCGUUGUACCCAGUCAUUUCGUACUAUGACACCAACGCACGGAGUAAUCUCUUGACUGGGACCGAUCAUUCGAAUAACCCCAAUGGUGGCACGACGCCAAACGUGACGACGGAUCGAGGUCCAAACGACUUGAUCGACCCGGAUACACCAGAAGAGGCAAAGACAUGGACUGGACUCGGGACCACGUACAAGCUCGUCUUUUCAGACGAAUUCAAAGAGUCGGGACGGACGUUUGGUCCUAAUGCGGAUCCAUUUUGGGAAGCCGUCGAAACUUACGAUAGGAAGAACCUGGAUCUCAACGCCUAUAUUCCCGACCAAGUCACGACCGAAAAUGGUCAUCUCGUCAUUACGCUCGAGCACAAGACGACGGGCAGCCACGCGUAUACGUCUGGAAUGCUCCAAAGUUGGAACAAGUUUUGCUUUACGGGCGGAUACAUUGAAGUUGCCGUCUCGUUGCCCGGCGAUAACACACAAACGGGCUUUAACCCACAAGUGUAUACAAUGGGCAACCUCGCACGUUCCGGCUUUGCCGCCUCGGAAGAGGGUGUAUUCCCGUACAGCUAUGAUUCGUGCGAUGCAGCUUUCCAGGCCAUGCAAGGUGGAGACGGAACACUCAGCACAUUGCCAGCUCAGCGAUUAUCCGCCUGUACAUGUAGAACAGAGCAGACAAACCAUAACCACCCAGGGCCCAACGGAGAUACACAGCUCCGAGGUCGCGGUGCGCCACAGAUUGAUGUCCUGGGCUAUGCGACAAAUGCAGGGCAAACGGGCGUCAUCACCCAGGGUCUCCGUAUCGCGCCUAUGAACCCUGAGCUGGCUGUCGCCCAAGGGCAGUCGAUCCAAGACGGUACCCACGCUCAGCUCAACACGUACGCUGGCAGUACUACGGAACAAGUCAUUUCGGCACUGGUAAACGCACCCUCUGAUUCGUAUGUGAAUGGAGGUGCACAAUUCACUGCCUAUGGUUAUCAGCAUGUCCCCAAUGCAAACGACCAAUCGGCAGCUGCACUCCACUUUGUCAGAGGCUCCAAUACUGAGGUGUACCGUGUUACCGGUGCAGCCGUGCCAGCAGAAGGCGGGGAUCUGGGUCAGAGGUUGAUAUCAAAUGAGCCCAUGUACAUUACGCUGGCAUUGGCCCUGUCCCAAGCAAUCGCUGCGGUGCAACCUGAAAGCCUCAAUUUCCCUGCAAAGAUGCUCGUGGACUAUGUGCGUGUGUAUCAACCGGAUGGAGAAGACGCAAAGGUUACGUGCGAUCCAACGGACUUUCCUACUUCGGACUAUAUCAGCAGGCAUCAGCGGGCUUAUACGGACUCUGGGCUAACGACAUGGGCAGAAGCUGGCUACACGACACCGAGGAACAGUUGGAUAGACGGAUGUUAA